AUGGAAGUCGGCAACUCAAAGCAACCGCUUUCUAUGCAAAUUCUAGCGUUGCAUGGACUCCUUAAUAUUACAACGUUUUCUAAAGAUGCAUUACACGUUUGGACUCAACAAGAACUGCUGAAUAUUUUUUUGGGUCCUUGUAGGAAAUUGAGAAAAAAACGAUCCAAAGUGCAAGAAUUGCUAGAAAGAUUAGUUGAAAAAAAAACAAUGCAUUCCAUGAAAUUUCAUACCGACAAUAAAAAGCAUGAAGUGAUAAUCUAUUGGAUUCCUCCUCUGCCAGUGGAGAAGGGCUCAGAACGUGAUGUCCAGGCAAUGGAUGUUGAUCAAGAACAGAAAGUCGAAAAGAUCGAUCUAAGAACACCUGAGCGCGUAUCAAAAAGAAUUUCUCUUGGAGCCAAGACUCAACAUCAAUCGAUGGCUUCAAUAAUAAGUAAAACUCGAGCCAAGCUUUCUGGUCUGACACCGACUUCAACGCCAACUGGUCGAUCUUCACCAAUUACAUCUGGCAAAAGAACUCCUCUGUCAUCUUCAAGAAGAUUAGGAAAACAAAUGUUUAAAUCUCCUCUGGUUCAAUCACUCUCAAACCCGGAAAUCAAAGCGUUAACUGAACAACGACGACAAUUGGAAAAGAAUAUUGAGGAUAAUGCUAAUAAUGAAAACCUCAUAAAAAUUUGGAGAAAGGCGAGUCAGGAAGCCGCGGAAUUUCUAUUCUCAAAGAUUCCAAAGCAGUCAUCGUUUCUUGAAUCAGAAGGAUUUUCGGAGUCGUGGGGAAACAGCAAUUGGGGUUGGGACGAUUCGGAUGAAUCGAAAGGCAAACAAAGACGUGAAUAUUCGGAUCAAGAAGAUAAUGAUGAUGAAUAUGAAACAAGGAGAGGAAACAUUGAACAGAAAAACACAAUGAAAUAUAUGCUCAUAAAGAUGGGGAUUAACAUCGAUUUGAUCAAAUGGAAUGAUGAAGACGAAUGCUUUGAAGAAUAA